GCAUGCUAUUUUCAUCUUUAGUCCCUCCAUCACUCCCCCAUCUCCCAUGUUAGUGGUGUCUCUUUUCUCUACUCUUCAUCAGGUGAAAGCUUGAGGGAAGACUCAAAUGGAUGAAGGUGUUUCCCUUUUUGCUCAUCAAAUGAGAAAAGCAGUUUGUUUAUCCGUCUUAAAUUCCUCUCUACUACUUUCAGCUUCUCUCUCUCUCUCUCUCUCUCUCUCUCUCUCUCUCUCUCUCUCUCUCUCUCUCUCCCCCCCACCCCCCGUCUUUCAAUCAACAUAGAGCGUCACAGAAUGACUUACGUAUGCACAAACACGCACGCCAAUGACUGUCAGACAGUGAAUAUUAGCCGUCUGACCGGCAGUUAUUUCUAGUGGGUGUAUGAAGGUGAACGAUGCAGUAGCCCGCCCUUUAAUGAGUUUCCAACUGGGGAUAAGAGGAUAAUUUGUGAUCCUUGGCUGUUCAUUUUUCUGGGGAGGAUUCUAGCUCACUGCGCGUCUUCUUCAGCCUCACAUUUCCUUGUUUUUUUUUUAUCUUUUCAUGUCACUCGCUUCCUCACCCGCCCUCCUCGCUUCCAUUUCCCUCUCUCUAUCGUUCUUGCAGCGCUUGAUUCUAAUUUUGGAAGCAUGGAACCUCGGGGAGUGCUCUCCCAAAGCUAUUUAUGUCCUCGCUUCUCCUUAUCUUCCUCCUCUCCUCCUCUCCCUCUCAUCAGGCAGGAGGAGAACAGCAUGAGGAGCCUUUGAUGCAGGGGAAUUCAGCUUCUCCUUGUAUCUGUUUUUGUGUGGUGUUAUUAGCUGUGGGAAGUGGCGAAGAGGCAGCUGCAGAUCUCGGCUCGUCCGUCCUGAUGCAAGCUGACUGCACACAUGGAACCCAUCGCUUCCAUCCUUUCUCAGACUGUGGAAAUUUUGGAAAGUUUUACAAAGGUUUUACAAAGUGAGUACGGGUUCUGCCCAUUUCCUCACAGUUGAUUUUUGUCGCUUUGUUCGACUUGGACUGGACGCACCAGAAGAGGAAAACUUUCUGAUCCCCAAGAGUUGCCACUACAUCCUACAACAUAUCUGCCACUAUAACACCUUCAGCAAAGUGAUUUGCAUGGAUCUGGAAGCCAGAUAAUAUAAAUGAGACAAGCCAACCUUGAUCCAUUGAGUCUGUUACCAUCAGUGUCUCGUCGCUGUACAUCUUCCAGUACAUCCUUUUUAUUAUGAUUGAUCUGUUCAGCCUAGCGGAGGGAAGACUUUCUGGAUACUGCAUCAAAGAAGAGGAUCUUGGGAGCGACUGACAGUUUCAGGAUAAAACAGUAACAGUAAAUCGGUCAAGGAUUUUCCCUCAUAAAUCCCAGAAUAAAACACCAAUUUCUUUGUGGAUCUUAAUGGAUUUAGAUUUGUUUUCUUUUAAAGAAAAUCAACUUUUAACAACUUCACAUGCUUCUAAGUGAAUACUCACAGCUUCACAAGAUGAGUAAACCACGGUUCUUGAAUACAUGGCAGUAUUCUUGAAAAGGAACUGACUGUUUCGUGACAGAAUAGAGCACUUUUCUCGUCUUGGCAUGCUGUUGCAUCCCACGGUGUCAGGAUUGUGCACCAUGUUGCAGACCAUUUAUGAGACUGAGUCCUGUUUUUCCUCUGCCAGCACAGACAGCCAACAGCCUCUGGAGCUCCUGAGUAGCAGCAGGGGCUCUACCACUGCCAUGCCCACAGCCGUACUGGAGGUGAAGAGCAGCCUCCCAUCUGGGAUGCAGAGCCCAGUAGGAACAGCAAAUGAACAGCGGGGAGGAAGUGGAGAAGGUUCAGAAGAAAGCUCAGGUGGAGGAGGAGGUGGAGGCCCCGUUGACUUGCGUACUGAACUUAGAGUGGGAUCUUUGUCUGUGGGAGCAGCAGGAGUGGACACAACCCUUAGAGAGCAACAACUCCAGCAUGAACUAGUGCUCCUCAAACAGCAGCAAGAACUCCAGAAACAACUACUAUUUGCCGAGUUCCAGAAAAAACAUGAAGUACUAACCCGACAACAUGAAGUCCAGCUACAGGAACAUCUGAAGCAACAACAGGAGCUGUUGGCAGCCAAACGACAGCAGGAGCUGGAACAGAAGCUGAAACUGGAACAACAAAGGCAUGAAGAACUAGAGAAACAACGACUGGAGCAACAGCUGAUUCUAUUGCGGAAUAAGGAGAAAGGCAAAGAGAGUGCGAUUGCCAGUACAGAGGUGAAGCUGAAACUGCAGGAAUUCCUUCUUAGUAAGAAAGAACCUGGUAUUGGUGGACUGAACCAUUCCUUCUCCCCAAAGUGCUGGGGAGGCCAGAACGCGUCCCUGGAGCCGAAUUCUCCGCCCCAGAGUAAUACUCCAGGAACACCUCCCUCUUACAGACUUCCCACAUUACUUGGAAACUACGAGGGCAAAGAUGACUUUCCGCUGCGCAAGACAGUGUCGGAGCCUAACCUGAAGGUGCGUUCACGGUUGAAGCAGAAAGUAGCAGAGAGGCGCAGCUCUCCACUCCUCAGAAGAAAAGAUGGCACUGUCAUAAGCACUUUUAAGAAAAGAGCCAUUGAGAUUUCAGUCUCCCCUCUCUGUAAUAGUGCACCUGGCUCAGGUCCUAGCAGUCCUAACAGUUCUAAUACGGCUAUUGCUAAUGGCAACACUGGAUCUGUUCCCAACAUACAAACUGAGCUUCGAUCCCUUCAUCAGACGCUAGGGGCUGAUGGGACGUUGAGUCCGCUAAGUCUGUACACAUCUCCAUCUCUACCUAAUAUCUCGUUGGGCCUCCCUGCUAACACACACAUCACGGCCUCCCAGAAGUUGUCAAACCAACAGGAGGCGGAGCGUCAAGCCAUUCAGUCACUACGAGCAGGCGGUGCUCUAACUGGGAAGUUUCUCUCGACAUCGUCUUUACCUGCAGGACAUGAUGGAGAGACUCCACCAUCAGGCGCUCAUUCUGCUCAUUCCUCGCUAUUGCAGCAUGUGCUACUACUGGAGCAGGCCAGACAACAGACCGCUAUGCUAUCCGUCCCCAUUUACAGCCAGUCGCCCCUGGUUACGGCAGAGAGAGGCGUGUCCAGCGGCAUGCGAUCAGUCAACAAGCUGCCUCGUCAUCGGCCACUGGCUCGUACCCAGAGUGCACCUUUACCCCAAUCGCCCCAGGCCCUCCAGCAACUGGUGGUUCAGCAGCAACAUCAGCAUUUUCUGGAGAAACAUUACAAGAUGCUUUCCAAGGGGUCGGACCUUUCCAGGCCUCCUCCCACCCAUCCCGAGGAGACAGAGGAAGAGCUAACCGAGACCAAUGACAUGCAGGAAGACGAUGUAGGCACAAGCAUUCACAGACUUCAGAAGGAGAGUUCUGACGACAGCACAACAACCUCGGAGCGACAUAGUGCGCAUUCAAAGAGUGAGGAGGAGCGAGGAGUUGUGCACGUGAAAGGGGAGAGUACAGAGAGUGAACUGGAUGAAGAGGAUGAGGAAGACGAUGUUAUCCAUCUGGGGGAAGGUGAUGAAGACAGCAAGGGGAGCUCCUCUCAGGGCUUGCCACAGAUGGGUGUGUUCUCCUCGUUAGCUCACAGACCUCUGGGAAGAGCACAGUCUUCUCCUGCAUCAACUGUCAAUCCGGUUAAACAUCUCUUCACUACAGGUCUUGUUUAUGACAGUCUGAUGUUAAAGCAUCAGUGUGUAUGCGGCAAUGCUCACAUCCACCCAGAGCAUGCUGGUAGAGUGCAGAGUAUCUGGUCAAGGCUGCAGGAGACGGGCUUGCUGGGUCGCUGUGAGAGAAUUCGUGGGCGUAAAGCGUCCCUGGACGAGAUCCAGACUGUCCAUUCAGAGUUCCACACGCUGCUCUACGGAACCAGCCCGCUGAAUAGACACAAAUUGGACCACAAAAAACUGCUGGGUCCAAUCAGCCAAAAGAUGUAUGCGGUUCUUCCUUGUGGAGGAAUAGGGGUGGAUAGUGACACUGUAUGGAACGAAAUGCACUCGUCUGCAGCUGUCCGCAUGGCAGUGGGCUCUGUUAUUGAGCUGGCCUUCACAGUGGCAGCAGGGGAACUGAAGAAUGGCUUUGCAGUAGUGCGUCCACCAGGACAUCAUGCAGAGGAAUCCAAUGCCAUGGGGUUUUGUUUCUUCAAUUCCGUUGCCAUCACUGCCAAACUGCUCCAACAGAAACUGGGUGUUGGCAAGAUACUCAUUGUGGACUGGGACAUUCACCAUGGCAACGGCACGCAGCAGGCCUUCUACGGUGACCCCAAUGUCCUCUACAUUUCCCUCCAUCGCUACGAUGACGGCAACUUUUUUCCAGGCAGCGGAGCACCUGAAGAGGUGGGCUCGGGUGCAGGUGUUGGUUUUAACGUGAACAUUGCAUGGACAGGAGGCGUAGAGCCUCCCAUGGGUGACGUGGAGUACCUCACUGCCUUCAGGAGCGUGGUCAUGCCUAUUGCUCAGCAAUACAGCCCAGAUGUGAUUCUGGUGUCUGCAGGCUUUGAUGCUGUGGAAGGCCAUCAGUCUCCUCUCGGAGGUUACAAUGUUUCUGCAAAAUGUUUUGGGCUGCUAACGCAGCUCCUGAUGGGCCUGGCUGGUGGGCGUGUUGUUAUGGCGCUGGAGGGGGGUCAUGACCUCACUGCCAUCUGUGAUGCGUCAGAAGCCUGCGUCUCGGCUCUCCUUGGAGACCCGAGCGGCUCUGCAUUCCAGUGGCCUCAGGAGAAGCCAUGUCCAAAAGCCUGUGCCUCGCUAGAAAGAGUGAUAGAGAUCCAGAGCAAACACUGGUCUUGCCUCCAGAAUUUGUCCCCGACGAGCAGCCACUCGCUAUUGGACAGCCCGCUGGGAGCUCAAGGCCAAUCAGAGAAGGACGAGGCGGACACAGUCAGCGCCAUGGCGUCCCUGAGCGUCGAUGUUGAGCAGUCAAGCUCAGCUGCUGACAUCGCUGACGGCGGCAGCAGGUCCACAGAGGAACCAAUGGAGGAGGAGCCUGUUUUGUAGGCGGGACUUAAUAAGGAACACACACAUGAAGACCACCUUACCCUCCUUCGAGCACCGCCUCUACCUUUCAGCAUCCCUUACGGAUUGUGUAUAGGUACACACAUUUACACGGAGAGAGUGGAAAUGCUGUGGAGGACCUCGAGCACCAGGGAGGAAGCGCUGACAGUAUCUGAUUAUUCCAUUGGAGGAGCAGGCAAACUGUUGGUGUUUCCAUGGCAACCAGGGGAGGAUGUCAGCCAGGACACACCCUCUGUGCAACUUUGACUGGAACACUCCUUCCUGUGUCGCAACCCGCACACGGCACCACCGAUCUCCCUCCCUCGUCAUAUUUGAGAGCGAAUUGAAACGUCGACACGCCGAGCGCGAUGCUCGACACGGCCACACGGAGCUCGGCUGAUGCAGCGGGAAAGUUCCUGAAGGAACAGAGGACGAGGAGGAACUAGGUGCCUUUUUUUUUUUUUGUCCACGCACGGGAGAAAGAGAACACAUCCAAACGGAAACAAUAAAAACCACAACCACCGCGACACCUCAGCACACAAACCAGCUGCUUCGGGUUGAAGAGACACAGCAACGCGCAAACACACACACACACGCACGCACGCACAAACACACACACACACUCUUCAUUUUCUUGUUUAUCUGAAUGCCUUAAUUUCUUCAACUGCUACUGUAUAUUUUGGAGAGGUAGAGAGAGAGAGUGUGACAAUUUGAGUCACAUUUAGAAAUGAUUAUCGUUUAAGCGGCAGCCCCGUUUCUGUCGACAACAGUUGGUUGUUGUUCAAUAUUUCUGAAGCAAUACCGCUACUUAAAAAAAACAGGGAUCUUGUCCAAAAAUAUUGCAUUUUUCUUUUUACCGAAAGUUGUGAGAUGGGCGUUGUACAAAACAGUAAUUUCCAGUAAACAUUUCAAUAAUAGAAAUAUAUUUAUGAAUAACUUCAUAAAUUCACCAAUAUGAAAAAAAAUACACCAAAAAAUGUCAUAAUUAUCCCAGCAAAGCCCGCAGCAAUACAGAAAAAAUUGCACAGGUUUUCGAGUGCAUCUGCAAAAUAUUCACAGUGCUUCACUUCUUCUAUGUUUUGUUAUGUUACAGCCUUAUUCCAAAAUGGAAUAAAUACAUUUUUGUCCUCUAAAUUCUACACACAAUACCCCAUAAUGACAAUGUGAUAAAUUUUUCAUAUAUAUAUAUAUAUAUAUAUAUAUAUAUAUAUAUAUAUACAUAUAUAUAUUAGCACAUUUAUUUAAAGGGGGAAAACAUUUCUGUACAUUCCGCACAGAAAUGAAUAAUUGAUACGCAAUUGUGGUGAUGUCAGACUAGCAUUACAGCGAUGUUUCCUCCGAGAAUCAUGUGUUAAUUAUGUAUUGAUAAAAUAGUAACUUCCAAAUGGUGUUAAUUUUAAAUUUAAAUGUUUGUCUUAAUCAUCGUCAACAACCUAAUUUCCCCUGACUAAAACAGGUCUUGAGUUUUUGAGAAGCUGUGCAAUAACCUUUAAAAAGUAGUUUUAAGACAACCUCAAAGAUGCGUUAUCCUUUAUACUUUAUAUUUUAGUCGACCACAUUUACUUUAAAUUUUGUCGACUAAAACUAAAUCAAUUUAGAGAUAAAAUAUGACUAACUAAAAUACAUUUUUGUCAAAAGACUACGACUGCUGUCAAAAUGAACUCGUUGAUGAUAACUAAGACGAACAUUUUUAUUCAACAAAAUUAACAGCCCUUCCAACAUGGCCGUCCGUGCAGGUGAAAAACUAACCUCAAGCAUUAUAAGAAAUAUAACCAGAACAUAACCGGCUAGCUUAUGUUAGCAUUAGUGGUUUGACAUAACAUAUAUUGAUUGAAAGUGUAUAUAUGUCACAAAUUCUGAUUCUAUUAAAUAAAAAUUGUCGGUCCGAGGAAGUCGAACACCUGGUCUUGGACAGCUCCCUGUCAGGAAAACACUGCCCCCUUAGUGUUUUGGCUGGAAUUGCAAGUCACGCACUCAAGAGUCCAAAGACGCUGUAGCAUAAUUUAGCCUUCACCGCCGUCUCGUACACACGUGUGCGCAGGGAGCGUGUGCACAUACACAAAAGUAGUCUUAGUUAGAGAAGUAACUAACAAUUUGCAGUCAUGUUAUGCUGGAAUGUACGUUCGCUAGCCAAAUCGCUAUCACACAUUGCUAACGCAUGUGUGUUAUAUGGGGGGUAAUUACGUGCUGACAGCCAUAAGAGGGCAGGAUGUAAUGCUAACAAUAGAGAAGAGAUUCACAUGGCCCCAUUUCUCGGUGGAUCUUGCGUCACAGGAAGACGGGCGGGUUAAUCAUUUUUGCAAUGCAGUCUGCUGAAAAUAAUGGAAAGCCCCACUCUUUGUUAUGACGUUUGUAUGAUAUGAAUGUAUAUAUGUGUGUGUGUGUGUGUAUAUAUAUAUAUAUAU